AUGCCCGUCUACAAAUACCCACCACCCAAGAGAGCCAAAAUGCUCUUGCUCUUCCAGCGGCGCCGCACACGAGCUUACCGUGCGUUUCUCCUCUCGAUUGUCCUUGGCCUCGUCGUCAUCAUAGCCCACGUCGGCGCCGGGCUCACCCGGGCGGUCUUGAUCCCGUCCCCACCCAUCAUCCACGUCACCGGAAGCAGCAGCAGCAGCAGCUUUUUGGAGGGCACGCGGGCGGCGGGCCGGCCGUCCCGCUACGGCCUGCAACAUCCGCCACCGAAGGGCGGUGUUCCCCCGUCCAAGGAAAUGCUGCGCUACUGGAAGCAGCUCCUACAGGUCAUGAUGGACGCCGGCCCCAAAACAAUGAAGGAGGUCGUUCUCCAGGACAUUGUGACCGACGACGACGUCCAGCCGAACCCCGAGCUUGACAGGUACCGCGAGCGGGUCGACAAGGUCCACCUGCCGGACGACCUGCGGGACGCCAUGAAGGCGGCCCAUGCGGAUUUUGUGCGAGUGGCGCGUAGCCUGGGCCAGCAGCUGCCGUAUGCGGGCAAGACAUAUGGCCGGCGCGUCGAGAAUUCCGAGGCAGAGGCGCAAGCAGCGGCGGCAGACAACGAGAAGCAAGUGGAGAGGCGACUGAAAAUGGAUGCCGAAGGAAGGGCACAGGUCGGCGGGAGAGGCAAAGCCACGGGCUUUGUGACCAAGACACGAGCGAAGGCAAAGCCCGAGGCGACAGCCGUCACCACAAAAGCAACGCCGGGCGUCGUCCCCACCCGUGGCAUCGUCAUGACGGCGGGCGGCAAGUACGUCGGCAUCGCCGUCACGUCCAUCCUGAUGCUGCGCCGCAACGGGUCCCAGCUGCCGGUCCAGCUGUUCCUGGACAGCGACAGCGACUACGACGCCAAUCUGUGCGAGACCGUCCUCCCCGCGCUCGGCACCGAGUGCCACCUGAUGCAGCGCUUCUGGGAGACGACGCCCUGGAUGCCGCCGCUCGCGCGGUUCCAGUUCAAGGUGUUUUCCAUCCUCCUGUCGUCCUUCCAGGAGGUCCUCUUUUUCGAUGCCGACUGCUGGCCCAUCCACAACCCGGACGCCCUGUUCGACGCGGCCCCCUUUCGCACGCACGGCCUGGUGACGUGGCCCGACUUUUGGCUGUCCUCGACGGCGCCCGUGCUCUACGACAUCCUGGACGUCCGGCCGCCGCGGCUCGCGGAGCGGCACAGCUCCGAGUCGGGCGUGCUGCUGUACGACAAGGCGCGCCACGGCACGAGCCUGGUCAUGGCCGCCUACUACAACUUUUACGGCCCCAGCCACUACUACCCGCUGCUGUCGCAGGGCGCCCUGGGGCAGGGCGACAAGGAGACGUUUCUGCACGGUGCCAUGGUCAUGGGCAACCCGUUUUACGCCGUGCACACGCCCAUUGGCAUCCUGGGCCGCUGGAUCAACGGGACGUUUAUCGGCGCCGCCAUGCGCCAGGCGGACCCGAGCGAAGACUACCGGCUGCACGGCGACGGCGGCGACGGCGAUGGUGGCGAUGGUGGCGAUGGUGGCGACGGCGACGGCAACAGCCACGGUGAUAACAUGCGCGCCCGCUGGAUGUUUGUCCACCACAACAUUUUCAAAAUCGACCUGCGCCACCUCGCGGCGUCCAUGCGCGGCGUCUACGCGCGCAACGAACAGGGCUCCCUGUCGCGCCUCUGGCAGGCCGACGACGACGACAGCUUCAACCGGGACGCCGGCUACGACGUCGAGCGGGCCAUGUGGGACGAGGUGCGCGGCGCCGUGUGCACGCACACGUUUCUCACAAGCCGCGAGUGUGCCGACCUGGAGGCGUACUACAAGACUGUUUUCUUGUAA